AUGCCGAGUUGGAACUAUUUGCCAGUAGAAAUCAAACAACAUGUCAUCAAGAAACUUGACUUCAUUAGCAGACACUCAUUGAAAAAUACUUCUCACUGUGAUCGUCUUAUUGUCAAUUCGACGCCUAUCCAGUUGCCACGUGUCCGAUUUGGUUAUAAAGAAGAUAAGUGUGUUAUUGUGAUUUAUGCUGGAAUCGACAAGUUUUGGAGAUUGGAAUUUGAGAAAUAUAAGAAAGGAGUGAUUGUUUAUAAAUCCGAAAAUAGCUGGGACCCGAAAGAUAUCACCAAAAAAGUUAUUCAUUGUACUAAACCUCUCCAAGUUUCGAUUAUGAUUCUGAAAAGUUUGCUUGCCCACAACUCAAUUCUAAUGAAUGCAAUGGAAUGGAACAUCACGCAAAACGAUAUCUCCAAAGGAGUUCAUAAUCGCAUUUUGAAGCUCCUGGACGGCGCAAAAUUUCGAGUGACUGAAAUGGUAAUGGGAAGAAACAUGUGGACGGAGGUGAGACACUUUAUGAAAAGUGUAUGCUACUAUGAGAAAGUGAAGACGCUGAGAAUAUUUUGCUUGUCAUUUGACACUCAAAAUUUGGCUCCAAUUAGUGCAUGUCAACUCGACCAAUUUUAUGAAGGACGACACUUUUAUACCACUAAAUUGAAUAUGGAAAACAACACAUUGUCAGUGUUUUUAUCCAACUUUACUGAAUUAACCAGGGACCGAUAUUUGGAAGUAGAGGAGAAUAGAACGUCUUCUAUUAUGUUUUUUGACAAAACUAUGGUGAAAGCGCCGGGCGGCAUUGAAAUCGAAGGAAUUGUUGUUGAGAGUCGUAUCACAGAGUGUGGCGCAUUCGAUUAUGUAAUUCAUAAGAAAUAUGAGGAACAUUUACAAUAUUAUAGGUCUUUGAAAUGUGAACUCGGCCCUUUCUGCAAACGAUGCUCGGAUCCAUUUGACUACUGGUACUAUCAAAACUCUCCCCGUCGUGCUCUUCAUGAACCAUUUUGGGUUGAACAUAUUUCAAACAAUCAGGAUAACGAGAUCGUAUCGCAGCUACGAAUGGCAUAUCUGAGAGAAGGAAAUGAGAAAAAGAAGAUUCAGAAGGGGAAUAAAAAGCAGACGUUUGAAACGCCAUCUUGGGGAUUCAAACAUGUAUCGAUUGAUCGUUUGGUGGAGAAUAUUAAUAGGGAUGGACAAGGAAGAAAAAGAAAGAAAGAGAAGGGGAAAUUCAAGGAUGUCAAAGCUUCAGAAGAUUUUCGUAUCAAGGGUUCUGAAGACCUGUCAGCAGAUGUUGUUGAAAUGAUUCUAGAAGACAUGACUGCUCUACAGGAAACUCUUUCCGAAUCUGAACAAGGGGAGGAAUGUCAGCAAAGCGUAGAAGAAGUCGAUAAUCAUCCAAAAACUGAUUUCCAGAAUAUUCUACUUUUUGUUUUGGCUGUUUUAUUCCCGAUUCUUAUUUCUUUUGGUAUUUACUUGAUUAGUUCUGUUUUUUAG